AUGAGUGAGCUCUACAAGGAGGCGGCAUCGCUGCUGCACAAGCUGGCGCAGCGUCACGGCGGACUCAAGAGCUUGGCGUACGCCGAGUCCACUGUGCACAAGCGCAGCUCCUUUGCGCUCGUGUGCGAGACGCUGCGCUACAAGCCGCUGUUGCGCGAGCUGCUGGCAGCUGUGCCCGCGUGUCACAAGGCGCUCAAGACGCCAAAAGACGCCAAGGAACCACCUGCGCUGGUGCUCGUGGCGCUCUAUGACCUUUUGUUUGGUCGGCAGAAGGUCCAGGGAGGUGGGUACGUGAAGAAAGCGCUCGCGCCGCACCAGACGACGUUCCGGGCGGUGCUCGCGCGGCUCAAGAUCAAGCACAAAGUGGCGACCAACGAGGCGCUGUUGCCGCCUGAGAAUCGCCAGCAACACCUCGCGCUGCCUCGAUACGUGCGUGUCAAUACACUGCUGGCUACGCCUGAAGAGACGGAAGCGUUUGCGCGCGAGUUUGACGCGAAACACGACGAACAUGUGCAGGACGUGCUGGUGCUGCCGUCGGGCACAGAGCUGCACGAGCACGAGAUGGUCAAGAGCGGCAAACUGGUGCUGCAGGACAAGGCCAGUUGUUUUCCGGCCUUUGUUCUGCAUGGCGAGCACAGCGAUGCAAAGGAUAAACAGGGCGACGUGAUUGACGCGUGCGCCGCACCUGGCAACAAGACAAGUCAUGUCGCCAUGCUGUUGCAGAAGCAGGAGAAGGGUGAGGAGGAAGGCGGUGCCAGUGCAAAACGACGAGUGUUUGCUUUCGAUCGAUCGCCUAAGCGACUGGAGCUGCUGAAGCAGCGCAUGCAGCUCGCAGGCGCUGCCGAUCGUGUGCAGGCUGAGCUGCAGAGCUUUUUGGAUGUUUCUGUGGAUGAUGACGUGUAUCGCAACGUGCGCAGCAUUCUCUUGGAUCCGUCAUGCUCUGGUUCGGGGAUGACGAAUCGUCUCGAUCACUUGCUCGAUAUCGCUGGUGCACGUGAUGCCGCUCUGGAGGCUGCUGAUGGUGCAACGGAUGAUGACGAAAAGACGGCGAGGCGUCUUCAGUCGCUCGCGGACUUCCAACUUGAAGCGCUGCGAAAGGCGUUUUCGUUUCCGCAGGUGGAGCGCGUGGUGUACUCGACGUGCUCUGUUUUCCAGAAAGAGAACGAAGAAGUUGUUGCUGCAGCAUUGGCAUCCGAGGAAAACGUUUGUGCCGCACGUCCUUUUGUGCUGACACCAGCGUUAGCGUCGUGGCCACGUCGUGGUCUCGAGGUCGCAGGUUUGUCGAGUGAGCAGGCUGCGGCACUCGUACGCGCAGACGGCCUGAAGGACUCGACAAACGGAUUCUUUGUGGCGUAUUUUGAACGAGUUGCUACUGUUGGCGGUGGUGCAGUUGUAAUGGGUAGCGGAAGCGAGAAGACAACGAGAGCGUGGACCGGUGCAAGUAUCGGAGCCGCACCGACGUCUUUAUGUGCGCAAGCUGAGACUUCGAUUGGUGGCACGAAGCGCAAGGUGCUGUCAGCGAGUCAAAAACAGAAUCGCAAGCGCCGGAAGCGUGAGAAACGGAAGAAACAUGGCCAUGCGAAACUGGGCGAGUCAGGAGUUGACGAUGGGCAAGAGGGGCGAGUUGUUCUCGCUUGA